AUGGCAGUGAGGGAAGGUUACCUCUGCCCUCAAACACCAGGGUAUGAAGAUGAUACAGGAUGCCCCUAUCACAGAGGAGCGGCUAACCACGAGCUGCAAAACUGUGAGGAGUUCAAACAAGAAGUCCGAAGGAUACUGUCACUCAAAACUUUGAGAUGUCAGCAAAGAUUGAGGUUGGAAGGUGAAGUGAACACAAUCAGGUUCGGCCAGAAUGCCUCCACUCCCCAUCCCAGAUUAACCUUUUCUGCCCCCAGCACACCAACACCACCACCACCAAUAACAGUCAUCCGAACCCCGCCUCAACUCCCAGUCACCAACACCCACGCAAUACCUUGGAAUUACAAUCUCCAAGUAUUUACUCAAAGCGCAUCCGGCAGCACUCCAACUCCUACCCUCAACCAGGCUCAAGUUCAAUCAAUCACUCCUCCCAGUCCGUGCUUUGCUCCUCAUGAGCAUUUUAAAAUGACUUACACUGUACCAUCCAAUAAUGCUACUCCCCAAUCAAACCCAGAAAUAACCAGUAACUCCUCCCCGCCAGAGCAAGAGGGGAAAGCAAAAAUAGGAGAGUCACAAGAGAACGCGGAGGAGGAGGUUGAGAAAGUUGAGAAAGGAGAACCUACUGAACCAAGUGGAGAAGAGGAGCUGUUGCUUCAAAUAAUGAAGCAAAGUGAAUACGAUGUUGUUGAACAACUGAGGAAGACGCCUGCCCGAAUUUCGUUGUUGUCACUGAUUCUGAGCUCGGAAGUGCAUCACCAAGCCCUACAAAAGAUUCUGGAUCAUGCCUUUGUCAACCCCGAUAUCACACUGGGGCAAUUUGAGAAAAUAGUUGGGCAAAUACAAGCAUCCAAUUUCAUCACUUUCUCGGAAGAAGAGAUAGACCCGGCUGGCUUGAAGCACACUAAAGCUUUGCACGUGACAGCCAAAUGUAAAGGGUGCAUAGUUGCCAAAGUCUUGAUUGAUAACGGAUCUGCUCUUAAUGUCUUACCCAAUGCCACCUUAGCCAAACUACCAAUUGACUCAUCAAAUAUCUGCCAGAGUGCUAUGGUGGCAAGAGCCCUUGAUGGUACCAAGAGAGAGGUACUUGGAGACAUCGAUUUGCCACUCCAAAUUGGGGCAUGCGCUUUCAAUGUCACAUUCCAGGUGAUAGACAUUGAACCUGCAUACACCAUGCUGCUAGGGAGACCCUGGAUCCAAUCAGCAAAUGCCGUACCUUUGACCCUGUACCAGAGAAUUAAAUACAUCAUGGGCGGCAGGAUCAUCACAGUAAGAGGGGAAGAAGCCAUGCUGGUCACUAAGCCGCAAUCAGUCCCUUACGUGGAAACAACUGAAAAGUCCUUGGAAAGUUCUUUCCAGGCACUAGAGUUGCAAGAAGCUACUGUGAGAGAAGAAGGGGCUAUGACUAUGGUUGCAAAGGUAAUGCUUAAGAGCAGAUACGAAAAGGGCAAGGGAUUGGGCACUACUUUACAGGGUAUUGUUGAACCCAUACCAACUAUUCAGAAGAUUGGUCGGGACAAGAAUCAAUUAGCGGAUGCCCUAGCCACUCUGGCUAUCAUGGCUCAAAUGGAAGAUGGGCAGAUGACUCAGAUAUUGCAGAUCAAAGCAAGGGGUGAGCCAGCUACUAUUUCAUGGUCGAGGAAGAUAUCGAUGGCAAACCCUGGUACCAUGAUAUUCAGGUCUACAUCAAAACCAGGGAAUACCCCCUGGGAGCAAGCAGAAACAAAAAGAGAAUGA